UCUGUCUGUCUGUCUGUCUGUGUGUGUGUGUGUGUGUGUGUGUGUGUGUGUUGUUCCAGGCUAUGGAGGGCUCCAUGCUAACACUCAGUCUGGCUAACUGGAUGGAGCUGCCUGGACUCAAACUCAAAGACUGGAUGAGGGAGAAACGCAGAAAUGUCCGUAAUGACCGAGCCACUCCCGCAGAAAUCGCCUCUUAUUACCAGCACUACGUUUCCCAGAUGUCAUUGGAGCAGAACUUCGCCUGUGGGACAACCGUAACCGGGGUAACCAGGCAGCCUAGCAACCAGGAGGGAUCGCCGCCCUGCUGGAGGGUGACGGGACUGCAGCGGCGCGAAGGGGAGGAGCUGGGAGAUGGUUCCACUGUUUCCGACGAGGUUCCGUUCUCGCUGCUGGCUCAUAACGUGGUUCUGGCGACGGGAACCCACGACAUCCCGGCCCGACUGGGAGUCGAGGGCGAGUCGCUGCCCCACGUCUGCCACUCCUUCUGGGAGCUGGAGGCCGCCAUUUCCCGUGGAGAGCUCGACCAAUCAUCGGACCCCGUGCUGGUGGUGGGGGCGGGGCUUACUGCGGCGGACGCUGUUCUGGCAGCCCAUCACCUGAACACGCCGGUGUACCACGUCUUCAGACGCUCCGUCAACGACCCGGGGCUCAUCUUCAACCAGCUGCCCAAACUGCUCUACCCGGAGUACCACAAGAUUCACCAGAUGAUGACUCAGCAGCAGUACCAGGCCCCGCCUCCCCCUCAAAGCCACGCCCACAACCUGCAAACCCCCACCUCUUCUUCCUCUUCCUCCCUUCCCCCUGCCUCCUCCUCCUCUUCCUCCUCUUACUCGGGAUACCUCAGUUUCCCGCGAUACAAAGUAGUGGCGUUCAGACCCGACAAGAAGUGCGUCCUUGAGUCGGAUUCUGGCGAACGCACGGUUCUGCAGAUCUCCAAAGCGCUGGUUCUGAUUGGAGCUCAUCCAAACCUCUCCUUCUUGCGGGAAAAUGGCCGAGCGCUGGGAAUCUACCCGGAGGAGCCCAUUACUUGCCGAAGGAACCCCAUAGACGUGGAUCCGUUCACCAACAAGGUUCUGGGGGCGGAGGGGCCCGGUUUGUACGCCAUGGGGCCGCUGGUCGGGGAAAACUUCGUCCGGUUCCUGAAAGGUGGAGCGCUGGCGAUAGCGAGCGAUUUAGCUAAGAGACAUCGGGGGGAAGAAGAAGAGGAGGAGGGAGAGAAAUACCUGACGAUUGACAGAUUUAUGGACAGACAGAAGAGGACGGAAAAUGAGGUUCGGGAGUCGUAGCGCGGCACCAAACACAUUUUAAAACGAAGACACAGAAGAAAGGAAAUCGAACUCGCUGCUAAAAGAUGAUUUUAAGACGGGACUUGCACUGGUUUUGGGAAAGAAUAAAAUAAGGCCUGCUCUUGAGAAACGUGGGUGUGGGUGUGGAAAGGCUUUACUUUACUUUACCAACUGGAUAAAACCCUCUAUCAUCCACUGACGUUGGGCUCUGACAGACGAAUAAAUGACAUUUGGACAUUUGUUAUAUUUGUGUAGUCUGAAACACUAGAAACAAAAAUACCUAAAGCCAAACUGGUCUACCUGCAAUGGGAAAAGACGCCUGUUUAUCACUGUUUAAAAAAACCUGUAUUUAUGCACAAAUUGACAUAUUUACUACCUGCAAGUGGAUCCUGGAGGUCGUGAACCCCACCCUCACUUUAUGUGUUUUGAUGAUUGACUUUAGCCUCUUUCCCACUGGACAAAACACUCAGAGAUGAGACUUCAAAAUAUAAUAAAUACACCCAUUUUUUAAUAAUUUAUGACCUUAAAAAGCUUUUAUUUGUUAAUGUAAUCUCCCUAAAGCCCCCAGAGUACACUGACAGAAAAUGUUAGGGCAUAUAAACACACUUUUAAAAACUCCGUGACCCUAACCCUAUUUCUAUCGGGUGAAUAAACACACACAUUUCUAUAGAAAGGGUUAUAGAGUGUGGCAGGUCUGCAUUUUGGAAGAUGAUACGUAUAUCUGUGUUGCAAAGCUCUGGUGUCCAUAUAUUGGGCAAUACUGUUGUUACUUAAAGGCACAAUGAGUGGAAUGUGUCCCUUAAUCUCAUCAAUUAAUUAAUACUGGAAAUGGAAAAUGAAACGUCCAAUCUGACAUCUUCAAACAUCUUGUUUGGUCUGUCCAAAACCAAAAGAUACUCAAUUUAAUCCAAAAUGUAGAAAAGCAGGACAUCUCAAAAUGUGAGGCUAAAAAAAAUAUGUUUCUAUAUUUAGUUUUUUCAUUAAAUAAUGACUUGAGUGAUUUAUUAAUUAUCAAAAUAGUUAACGAAUACUUUUAGCUUUUUUUUAAGGGAAGUCCUACUCAUCGUGCCUUUUUGAAAAACAAUAAAACAUGUUCUUUAUGCUCUGUCGGCGCCAUCUGGUGGUCAAACGAUGUAAUGCAGAAACCUCAACACUCAUCUGUAAAUACAACAUACUGUAUAAAGGAACCAGGUUUAUAGUAAAUCCAUUUCACUGUCAGGCUUAUACAACCAACACGUGACUUUUUAACAUGUAAAUAUGACAAUGUCUCAAACUGUAUUAGCUACUGAGGACGGACACAAACACAGGAAGAGGAGAUAUUAAAAAAGUGUGGAAGCAAGGAAAGAAUAAAGGCAGGAAGUGAAGAUUUAAAGACAAAGUCAUGGAUGUAAAAUGACUUUCUUCUCACUCACAUGGAGCCUGAAUCACUACAGCCACUUCCUGUUUUCCACUCAGCAUCACACUCGACCAAAACAGCCUUUUUUAUUUGUUUUAAAAGAUGUAUAAUUGGGAUAAUUAACAUGUUUCUGUUGGAAAGUGUUUCCUUUGACACCGCCACAUGUUUCCUUUGCUCCUCUGUCCACCAGCCUCCAUGUGUGUGUUUGUUUGUUAUGGGCUUUAUGAAUCUAAGGUGCUUUAUUUUUCUAUUUCCCACUCAUGUCACCUGUACCUACUUUAAUAACAGUCAUGUUUUUAUCUUGAAAAGGUUUUAUACUUCACAAAACAAAAGAGAAAUGUAUUUUUUUUCAUUGAAAAUGCUGUAAAAAAUAAUAAUAAUAAUAUAAAUCAGAUUGACUAAUUCUGUAGUGAUAACUCACAUUAUUUGUUUUGGGUUUUAAAAAGUCAAGAGGAUAAUAAUAAUGCAGACCAAAUUGAGAUCAUGUUGAUUUCAGCUAUAAAAACAUUUUCUCUGUU